GGCAGAGAGCUCUUAGAGCGGAGGGCGCAGGCAGGCGAGCGGGAGCAGAGACCAGAAGGCUAGGAAGCAGACUGGGAGGCAGGGGUAACGGAAGGCAGGGGGACAGGGCAGGGCUUCCAACCCUUUUCCCUGUCCCUCGGUAUAUCCGAAACCCUUUCCCCGAGCCCGUGCUGAGCCCCUCGGGAGAGGCUGCUCUUCUGCUUUUCCUCCUCCUCCUCCUCCUUUUCCUCUUCCUCCUCCUCCUCCUUCUCCUCCUCCUCCUCUUCUCCCCGGGUAUUUCUCCCUUCGCCUCCAACCCAAAGCGCCGCUAAACCUAGUGCUCCUUCCCAGACAGACAGAGCUAGUGAGAGCGAGGGCUCCGUCCCCUUUCGGGUCCUCCCCGCUCCGGGGGAGGGUUCUCCCCGCCUAACCCUACGUCCCUUCCCCCUCUCCUCGCCCACUCAGUGGCAAGCUAGGGAUCUCCCGCUCGAGACAGCCCCGAAGAGCUCUCCUCGCCGCGGCGGCGUCCGAGGUCCUCGUGUCUGUACGGUUCGGGCGGCACGAUGUUGGCGCACAGGUGGAUCGGAAUCCUGGCUACGCUGGCGCUGCUUUGUCUAGCCGGCCGCGCGCAAAGCGAAACUUCUGCGAACAUGACUCAGGUCAAAGAGAUCGUGGACCGCCUGCUGAAGGGCUACGAUGUCCGUCUCCGACCUGAUUUUGGAGGAAACCCUGUCACCGUGGGCAUGAGCAUCCACAUCUCCAGCAUUGACCAGAUUUCGGAAGUCAACAUGCCUCUAUCCUGCUCGUUCCAAUGGAAGCCCAGCUCCUCUUUGGUGUCUGUCCCCAGUAGAGAAAGCCUGUGUUCCUGCAUGGCAAUGAAGCUCAUGUCCAUUGGCCUUCCCCUCCAAGAGGACUACACCAUCACCAUGUAUUUCCAGCAGAGCUGGAGGGACAAGCGCCUGGCAUACAGCGAUUUUGAUUUCAACCUGACUUUGGACAACCGUGUGGCUGAUCAGCUGUGGCUCCCUGACACCUACUUUCUGAAUGACAAGAAAUCCUUCCUGCAUGGAGUGACUGUGAAGAACCGCAUGAUCCGUCUCCAUCCUGAUGGAACGGUCCUUUAUGGCCUCAGAAUCACCACCACUGCCGCCUGCAUGAUGGAUCUGCGAAGAUACCCCCUGGACCAGCAGAACUGUACUCUUGAAAUUGAAAGCUAUGGCUACACCGUUGAUGACAUUGUGUUCUACUGGCAAGGGAAUGACUCGGCUGUGACUGGGAUGGAUACGUUGGAGCUGCCUCAGUUUACCAUCAUGGAACAAAGACUGGUUACCCGAGAAGUGGUGUUUACCACAGGUUCAUACCUGCGUUUGUCACUGAGUUUCCGGAUCAAGAGAAAUAUCGGCUACUUCAUCCUGCAGACUUACAUGCCCUCUGUUCUCAUCACCAUCCUGUCCUGGGUCUCCUUCUGGAUCAAUUAUGAUGCUUCUGCUGCCAGGGUGGCUCUAGGUGUAACUACAGUGCUCACCAUGACCACCAUCAACACUCACCUGAGAGAGACCCUUCCCAAGAUCCCAUACGUCAAGGCAAUCGACGUCUAUCUCAUGGGAUGCUUUGUCUUUGUGUUCCUGGCUCUUCUCGAAUAUGCCUUUGUUAAUUACAUCUUCUUUGGACGUGGUCCCAGUGAGCAGAGCAGACAGGCCCAGGCCGGCAAACGCUCCCAGUCUCAGGGAAAGCGAGGCAAAGGGCGCAGAGGACCUCAGGUGGAUGCCCAUGGCAACAUUGCUUUGAGUGUUCUGGAAAUUACCAAUGAGAUGGAGGAAUCCGAAACAGGCAUUUCUGGAGCAUCCAUUGAUGUCUCUGGGCUUCGGCUGUGCAGGGGGGCGAUUUCUCAGUCUGCCCUUAACCAGCCAAUGGAGCCAGCCAUCAGUCCUCUUGGAGGUCGCCGCCGCCGCCGCAGCUCUGGGUGCCGCCACCGUGGUGGCCGCCUCCGCCGCCGUUCCUCCAAGCUGAAGCUCAGAAUGCCCACCCUGAAUGAUGUCAGCGUGGUCGAUAAGUGGUCUCGACUUGUCUUUCCUGUCACCUUUGCCUUCUUCAACCUCUUUUACUGGCUGUACUAUGUCAAUUAAGUUCUAUGAUCUUUCGGGAAAGAUAAUUAGGCAGUAGGACCCGGGCGCUGUGGUCUUUUUCACUUUGCUUUUUCCUUUUCUUCCCUUCUUUCUUCUUCCAUUAUUUGGUUCAUUAGUUUGGUUCUAGGUUUCUCUUACUGGCCUUCGCCGAGUUGAUCCCUGCUGUGGUACUUUCCAUGUAGUAGGCACUUGUUAAAGAUCAACUCUGAGGACCAGGACAAGGGAAGCUCUGACUUUUCCAGAACAUUCAAGUUAAGAAAAAUUGGUUUUUCACUUCUUCCAUCUUUUCUUCAUCUAGUUCCUGAGUGGGACACCUAUAGAGUUCCCCAGCUGGACUUUCUGAUUUUUCAGCAGGGAAAUUGGUGAGCAUCUGUCUCCUAAACAGUCAGGAAAUGGGGACAACAUCCACUGGCAUAAGGAUUAGCUGGAGAUUUGACCUAAAGGUUUGUAGGGAGCAGACUUGAGUUUGGAGAAGGGAGGGGUAGUUGUAAGGCUGGAAAGAGGUCUGAUGUUGGAAUUUACUGGAGUGACCAAUGGUGUUGUCCCCUCUUCCUACUGCCCCACAACCCAAGUCACAAUGAGAGUAGACAGGGUCCCCUAGCCUGCCCCAGUCAGCUCCCAGAGUGGCGUGGGCCUCCUCUGCAGGCAGCAAGUUUGGCAGAAGGAUUGAGUUAAGAGGGAAGCUAUGACAGCCAUCUAGCUGAUCCUCACUCAGCCUAGUAGGAACCAAAAUGAGAGGACCAAGGGGAACAAAAGCAGACAAAAGCUCAUCUAUUUCUUUGAGUUAAGGCUAGCUUAGUAUUGUCUUCCUGCCUGCUGUGGGAUAGUUAAUCAGCCAGUUUUCUUAUCCCCAGCAUCCAAGAGUCCACCUCCCACCCUCCAAAAUAGAUCUCAUGAAUAAUGACUUGGAAAAAAGUGAAAGAUUCUAACAACCUUUUCAGCAUUACCACACAUUCUGUUUCCCAGUGCCCUGGUAAAACGAAAAAGGCGUCUUAAGGAACAUCCCAAAUGCAAUUUGAAAAAAAAAAUGUAACUCAGAGGUGGAUGCCUCUGCUCGAUACAUAGUACUUAAUGUGGCUUUCACCUGUCAAAUUCUAGUUGACUCCUAAGAGAACUUUCCCGAAGUACUGAUAUUUUAAAGCAGAAUUCCUUAAGCAAGUACCUUUUUUGAGAGUAACCAUUAUCUUAUGUUCUAAGCCCUGCCUGGCAAAGGCCAUAAGCCAGGUGGUGAUCGCUCGUACUUUGAGAUGGCCUCUGCAUUUUGCUUCUUCCCUCUCUCCUCUUCUUCUAUCAAUAUUUUACUCCCUCUGGUCCCUCUGCCACACCAGAAGAGACGAUCAAAAAAAUGCCAGCUCCUUCCCCGCAUAAUGGAUCGGGGCUUUUGCUAAGGGGCAUCCUAAGGGUGGUAGGAAACUGCUGCCCUAUAGGAGCUGAGAUUAGAACCAAGGCCUCCCUCCCCCCCCCGGCCAAAUGGUCAUCUCGGCAUAAGGCAUUAUUACAAGGUGCUCCUUCCACCCCGUUCUCAAGUUGAGUGCAUUAUAUAUAGGGGUUUCUUUUUGUAUUCCUGCACUCUUUGGGGGUGGAUCAUCUUUGCUCUUCUCUGUGGCCCCCUUAUUUCUAUUUUUAAGCAGAGGUGAUAAACCCUGCGUGGGCCUCUACCCCCGAAGCAGGGACCAAACCCUUAAGAGGAGAGAACAAUCCCUUCCCCACCGUGUAUCGUGCUUUCUACUUGUCAAAGUGUUUUUUACAUGCUUGAUUGUAUUUAACCAACCUUUUGAUCAUAAUACACAUUUUAAAGAUUAUAACAUUUUGAGGCCAGAUGGGAAAACCAAAGUCUCACAGGAAGUUGGAAGCAGAGCCAACAGCAGAACCCAGUUAGGCUUUGUGACUCCCGGCCUAGAGCUGACUCCAUCAUCUCUGCUGCCCCCACUGAGCAGCAGCAGCAGGACCUGCAGGACACCUGUGACUUGGCCCCUAGGAACCCUUGAGUGGGAUGAGCUGGUAUCAGAGGUAGAGGUGAGCUCUGGGGGGUGCCGGGUGAGCUCAAAGUCAGCAGGAAUCUGAGGGUGGUAGGAUAGAAAUGGUUGGGGUUCAAAAAACCAAUAAGUAACAUCUGGCCAUUCAGACCAAUGGCAGUGGCAGGAAUAUUGACCUGGAUUAGCCACAAUUAUAACAAAAUGACAGGAUCUACAAAUGGAGCUCCACCUAAGAACAUUUGGCAAAAAUUUCCUUUCAAGCUAGUCUAAAACUCAAUUUCUUGACUUCAGGGGCAAAAGUGAAUAUGCUAUUCGAAAUGGCAACACAGCAUUGGAGGCCUUAUCAACUCUCCUGGUUCCCCAGUCUUCUUGGCCCUAAACUACUUGCUCCCAUCUCCCUGUCUGUUCAGCGCCCAUGAAGCUCCCCCUUACCAGGCUGUAUAUACUUCCUCAGCUAUCUAACCCACAACCCUCCCCUCUACCCCUGCUUUAGCCUCCAUAUCUCUCCCCACCCUCCAGGUUUGAUUCCCUUUCUUACAUGUGCAGCUGUAUGUAAAGAUCUACUUGACCUUCUCAUUGAGUGGGUCUGAAUUCACCCCCACUUUUCUGCCAUGUCUGUGUAUAUGUGUGUGUGUGUGUGUGUGUAUCACUAGUGUCAAGGUGACUGACUGUACUUGUGUGCUUGUGUAGUGUGUGCCUGUGUCCUUGAGUCAGUAUCUAUGUAUGUGAGAGACUGUCUAUUCGCCGCGCACAUUUGUGUGUGAUAGUGCGUGUCUAUAUCUGCCAUGCACCUUUAUCUUUGUGUGUAUGUAUAUAUAUGAUAGAGAGAAAAUGUGUGUCUGUCUACCAUGCACCUUUAUGUGUGAGUGUGUAAGAGAAAGUCUGUAUGUCUGAAUGUGUACAUGUGUGAUAGUGUUUGAAAGUGUGAGUGGAUGUGAAAGUUUGUGUGUGUGAGAGAGAGAGAGAAAAAGUGUAUGUGAGUAUGUGUGUGUGUUGCGGUGUGUUUCUCUCAAUGAUGGAGAAGUAUACCAGAUGAUCAGAGUCUCUGUCAUACACCUGGAUCUUUUAAGUAAGAAAGGUGUGUGUGUAUGUGUGUGUGUCUGUCUGUCUGUCUGUGCCAGAGUGCCACUCCAGGUGGCAUGUGAGAAGGAGUGUAUGCAUCCACUUUGGAAUGAUGUGAUCGAUCUGGGAUCACACCAUUCAGACCAUGUACUGGUAUAUGUCUGCUGUCUGUGGGUGUCUGCUAGAAUGACUGUGAGAAUGAGUGUGCCUGAGAUCAUGUGUCUGUAAUCAGCACUUCUUGAACUAGGGACCACACAUGUAUUCUCCCAAACCGACAGAAAUCUCUGUCACUUUUUUGCAGAAGUCUUUUCUGGUGUACUAGCUGUCUGUUGAAGAGGGUGUGGCUGAAGUUCCUCACCCUGCAUGUGCUCAGUGGAAGCCUAGUUCAGGAUUUAAGGCCAGGUCUUCAUCUGGCUUGAGAAGCCAGUGCAGAAACCUCUAGCUGCCCAGGGCAUAAAAAGUGAUUGGUCUUUGGAAGGAUGGGACUGAGAAAGAACAUGAGGAACAGAUUUGAUCGAAGCACUGAUGACUCGAACCAAUGGGCUUUCAGUUUCUUGGCAUCUAACCAGGAACAGGUACGGCUGCCAUUGGUGUUCCCAACACACUGACAAGGUUGUGGCUGAGCAGACUGUCAGGACAAGCAGGCACUAUUUUCAGAUUGUCUCACACUUAGAGGUUUCUAAUCUGGGUCAAAGAGAGCCAAGUCCUACUGUAGGUGGUAGAUAGCUUCCUUGCUAUGUGUGCAUGUAUAUGGACAGCAGAUGACAGCACCAAUAGCUCCAGUCUUUCAAAUAAGCAGGGCCUCUUGCCACUGCUUGAUCCCUUUUCAUCUUAGAUCGACUCCCAUCUCGUCCCCGCAGAGGCAUCCCUAGGGCCAAUAGUGGGGCCGUUUCCAAUAACCCAGGCCUCUCUCCUUAGCAAAACAGGCUGCACCUUGGGCACUGACCAGGGUUCUCAGGAUUGAGUUGGUGCUCUCUGACUGAGAGAGGCAGGAAGUCAAAAUGAGGAAGGGGAAGAGGGGUUAGAACUCGGGAUAUGUCCCAAAUGGGAGUGGAGUUGGUUGAUGGUCCAAUGAAGCAUCUGGAAGGCAAAACUGGGAUUUCAUUUAAGCUAUGGAGAAUAAGGACAUGUCGUCAUCACAAGUUACUAAGGCUCCAGUCGCAGUGCUGGACAGGAAGUCUAUGGUCCAUAGAUAGGAUAGGUUUGGGGUCAGAGACUGACACCCUCUGCUGAGGUGUGUGGCCUCAAUCUCCCUGCUCACAGACGGCUUAAGACAGAUAUGCUUUUCUGUACCCAAAUGGGAGCCACCAAUCUAGAAGACAGGCACAGAACUCUAAAUGAGUCCUUUCACUUGGGUCUUGCUGAGUCCCAGAUGGAGAGCUCAGAGGACUAAAAGGCAUGAAAGCCAGAGAUGGAAAGAAGUGACUAGAUUAGGUGGUCAGAAGAUACUUAAAGAAAUACAAGUCAGAAGGGGAGAGAAUCUUGAAGUUACAUGGAAAAGACAUAACAAAGAGCAUGGAGAGGAGGUAGGCAAAGCCCUAGAGAAGGGAUUGUGUAUAUAGUCCCCUUAAAUAAGUCUCUAAUUUUUGUUUUCUUGUAAGCCAAAUAAACAUGAGGUUGUGUGCUGAGGUUAGUGGAGCAGCCCCAUACUGAAUAAUGCACUAAGAGAAAAGACAUCCUGAGUCUGCUGACUCAGCCAUGGAUGACCUUUGUCUCCCCUAACAGGAGACGAGUACACGGUGGCACAAAAUGGCAUUUUGGGGACGUGCUUUCACUUGCCAGGCCUGGUGGCCUUUUGAUCAGCUUUUUUGGCCUUUGUGCUAUGUGUACACCUUUACACCUGUGGGAACGUUGUCUAAAGGGCCAAGGUCAGAAACAGAGGUGAGCAGCAAUUCACGUGCACCAGGAAAUUGGCUAACUCAUGAAAUGCUCAGUCUCUGUUUCUGUCUCUGUCUCUUGUCACUCUCUUAGUCUAUCAUAUCCCCCCCCCCCAAAAAAAAAAAAAAACCUGCGCGGCGUACACACACACACACACACACACACACACACACAUCCUCUUGCUUGCCUACUCAUUGGCUUAUACACAUGCAUAGUGCAGUAAAUGCCCCUUUCAUUUUCAAGACCUAGCCUCAAACCAAUCUAAGGCAGCUAAAAUCUAUAAAACACUCAAAAAGCAUCAAAGGAAAAUCUGCUUAAGUGGCAUCCCUUGCUCAGUCCCAUCCCAUAAGGAUGGGGGGGGCAAGAGCCCUGGGACUGGCUGCUCAAAGUCAGCCUGUUCAGUCAUCUUUAAGAGCAAAACAGAUUUACCAUAUUGGCCACUCCUGAGAUCCUAGAUCUGGUCACCACUGCGGGGGGGGGGGGGGGUGAGGUGAGAAAGGAUGGUUCUUUGGAACCUAGAGACAGAGACAGUGCCCCUGCCCGCUGGUCACUGAGUCCCUCACCCCAUCUUCCUGAGAUUGGGGAAUAGGGCUUAAGUUGGAAGCAAAAAGGAGCCUCAGGUUUUUUCCCUUUUGUUUUUUAGGAGGUUGACUAUUCAGGUCUUGUACCUAAUGCCCAUUUAAUUGUGGUGAACUUUAUUUAUGAGCACAUGUUCAUUAAUAUGCUGGCCCUAAGUAGGGCCUAAUGAUGUGAGCAAGAUGGAGCAUAGCACUUUUUAACCUCAAAGUCAAGAAAUUCAAGACAGGAAAAAUUCCUAAGCCAAAUGCAUCUUUUCUUGAGCACUCAUGCUGUGCCAGGGAGAAAUGCAGCAAAAGACGACUUCAACUCCACCAUUGGAGAAGCUCCCAUUUCAGUAGGUGAGCUAAGGUAGUCACACAUGCAAAAAGCAUUCCAUACCCAGGGCACACCAACCAAAAUCAGUGUGCCCUGUGACUCUGACAUACACCAGGGCUUUAAGGAACUCUGAAAGAAAAAGAAUCAGAUCAGAAAUGUGAUCAAAGUGAUAUUUUAAGAAAAUUACUUGAAUGGUGGAAUUGAAAUCACAUCACUUUAGAUGAUAGCAUGAUGUAGCGAUCAAGAAGUUUCCUGCCCUAAAUGUAUCAUACAGACACAUUGAGCCACAUAGUACCCAAAUGAAAGGGACAUUUGGCAUUGACUGCAUAGACAGACCCCCCUAGAGCAUAUGAUUGUAUCCUAAACUCAAAGUCAGCCAGAUCAAAGGAAUCUGAGAAGGACCAAAUCUCCUCUUCCUUUCAUGGAACCAAGGUGGUCUCUGUCAAAACUUACUGAACCCCAAAUGCAGUCCUACUGUUGUUCACCUGAAUGGACUCUACACACCAUUAAGCUGGCUAGCAACCCACCUUGUCCACUCUGUGCCAUUAUGGGGUUGCCUUCUGGACCUCCACAGCUGUGCUGGUCCCAAAGCCAGGCUAGACCUACCUCCCUGCUUAGUAACCACAGCCAGACACCCAGAGUUCUGGGCAAAUCUGAGCCAUCCCUGGCAAAGGAAACUGGUCUUAAAAACUCUUGGACUAACUGGCAUGCAAAAACACAGUACAUGGGACUGAAAAGCAGUCAAAGAGGAAUUUUUUUUUUACUUCUUCCUCUUCCUCCUCUUCCUCUUCCUCUUCCUCUUCCUCCUCUUGCCUUUCUUCUAUUUCUCUCCCAUUCCCCCUUUCUCUAGUGUGGCUGGAGCUCCAGCUUUCCCUACACACAUCAACACCCACUUCUCCCCACCCCCAGCUGUGGAAGCAGGUGAUCUAUUAGGUUUGAAUUGAACCCAUCAGAUGUAACUGUAAAAAUCUAUUCAGUCCUCUUGCUAGUCACAAAGCAAUGUUGCCUCUGCAUAUUCCAAACUGAAUGUUGCUGAGAGAAUGGCCUUUUCCAAUGAUAUUUCCUUGUUGUGUGCAGAAAAGAAGCGAUGUGCUGGGGUAUUCAAGACAAGCUGUCUUGGAGUUACCCACCCACAUUGGUAACCUAGCAGUAGAAAUAGCAGUUGCCUUUUGAAAAUGGGUGAAAUGUCCUAAUGGCUGCUAUCAAAUGGGCUUUUGUCUGGGAUGCCUCUGAGAGCAGAAUCAUCCGGUGGGACUGGAGGAAAGUAACAUAUGUCGCACUGAUGAGUUCAAACCUGAGAAUGCCACAUGUACAAAGCAUGGGCUGGGUCACUAUCAAUGACUCAUCCUCGAAGGAACUGAAACAUCUGCCCAAGCUGCCUGCCCUGGGGCUGUUUGGGCCUCAAGUGGCUCUAGAGGGGAUGUACCAUGUGCUGUAUCUUGCCUAAGCAAACCGUAAAGACAAGCAAGAGGGAAUGAGUGGUACAAGUUGCAAUGCCAUGACAUGCCAUCCCACAUGGCACAGUCCAGACCCAGCUUGACUACUCUGAUGCCCAAAGGAGCAAAGCAGCCCGGGACAGCAAGGAAGGGUGUUGCCACCCUAAGGCAUGGAGACCAGAGAAAGGAAUCACUUGGUCUGCCCCCAGCCAAGUGACAGAAGAGGCUGCACUGCAUUGUGUUCAGUGUUACCAAAAGAUAUCUACAGCAACAAGGAACCAACACAGCCUUCUUUUCUUUUCUUGUUUUUUUAAUUUAUAAAACCUUAUAUUUAAUUUGCAUCUUUGCAUGAAAUAAGACCUUGCUUAUCUUUUUCACAAGCUUAAUGUGUAAAAGAUAAGACAAGACACUUAACAUUUCUAGCAAAGUGAUCCAACAUAUAUACCAUUUUGUUUAAAAAAAAAAAAAAGAAGAAAAGAAAAAAUGACAAAAAAAAUUUCAGAAAGCUCACAAGUGGCCUUUGGAGCCAUUUUGUUUACUCUCCUGUGAGCAGCUGGCUGCCAUCUCCUAUUGGGUGGGGGUGGGGGGGUUUGGGGAGGGAGGGAAUUCAGUGGGUGGGGGGUUAGGGUGGGUACUAGGGAGGGAAAAGGAGAUUGGCUUCAAAGUUCCAGCGGGCCCCAGCUUGGCCCUGGCCACUCUUGGCCUUAAGAAUCCUCCACUUGGAAGGAUAUAGCUGCUCGCCAGCCUACCUGAUUCUCACGCUUGCCUUGCUGCCUUUUAAUUGACCGCCCUGUGUGUGGGGGGGGAGGGGGCCAAGGUCAAAGCCACCCUUGAGUUAGGGAAGGAGGGACUAGCAACAUUAAACUUGAAAAAGUUUACAGUUUUGUACAAAAUAAAACAGAAAGGUUUUUUCUAAAAAAAAUUUUAAAAAAGCAAAUAUACCAAAAUAAUGUACCUUUUAUGUUUCUUUCUUUUCUUUUUCUUUCUUUCUUUUUUUUUGGAAAAAAAAAUGGGGGUAUAAAAAUAGAAAAAAAUCAUGUUAUUGUUUUAAGCAACUUGUAUGUUAUAUGGCUAUAAAUGUAUAUGAAUGUUGCAAAUUA